CUAGCCUUUUUGCAAACGCUAGCUUAAAACAACUGCAAAAAAACACACACACACACACUCUCUAUUAAGAGGACUCUAUUUUACACAUGAAACUGCUCAAUUUAGAAUAGAUUACCGAUAUUCAUGAUUUCUGACCGAAUUUUCCACCCAAAUUCUCCAUUUUCAUUAUAUUUUAAUUCAAUUGAUUUUUUUGAUUUGAUAAAACUAUACAUUACCCAAUUGAAAUUCGAAGGGUUUCAAACUAAUUGAAUUUUUUUUUGAUCGAAUUGAAUCAAAGAUGGGGUCUGGUGGUGAGAUGUUGGUGAAGCGUGCAAAGUAUAAGGUUUCUCCGAAGGCCCCUGGAAACCCUGGAGUAUUGAAGAUGACUAUGGAUGAGUUUGUUUUUGCCCCCAAUGAUCCCACUUCUGGAACGAAGCUUCGAGUUCGUUUCAAUUCCAUUAAAGCUCACAGAGUCACCAAAGAAGGAUCAAGUAAACAGGCACUACUUAAUUUGCUGAAGAAGGGUGAAGGAUCAGAAGGGUAUAUAUUUGAAUUUGAGAACUUCAGCGAUAGAGAUAUGUGUCGGGAUUUUGUGACCAAGGCCCUUGAGAAGCACCCAGAUGUUCCCAAAAAGGAUUCUGAAGGACCUGCUCAAUUAAGUUCAGAAGAAAUGGAGCGACGAAUAAAACUUUUGCAAGAAGACAGUGAGCUUAUGAAACUUCAUAAACAGUUGGUAAUUGGUAAAAUUUUGACAGAGGAUGAGUUUUGGGCAACUAGAAAGAAAUUGUUAGAUGGUGGAAACAAAAGAUCAUCUUCAACCCAGCGAGUGGGAUUUAAAAGUGCUAUGAUAUCAGACAUCAAGCCACUAACUGAUGGUCGGACAAAUAAAGUUACCUUUAACUUGACACCAGAAAUCAUUCAUCAGAUUUUUGCUGAGAAGCCAGCAGUUCAUCAGGCUUUUCUGACUUAUGUGCCAAAAAGGAUGUCCGAGAAAGACUUUUGGACCAAAUACUGCAGAGCAGAAUAUCUUCACAGCACCAAGAAUGCCAUAGCUGCUGCAGCAGAAGCUGCUGAAGAUGAGCAGCUUGCUGUUUUUCUAAAGCAGGAUUAUAUACUAGCAAGUGAAGCUCGUAGAAAGAUAAGAAAGGUUGAUCCAACAUUAGACAUGGAAGCUGAUCAAGGGGAUGAUUACACUCACCUUCCGGAUCAUGGAAAUCCUCGAGAUGGAAAUAAAGAAGUUGCAGAGUCCCAGACACAUUAUGACCAAUACAAGAGGAACUUGUCGCAGGAUCUCAAUCGACAUGCUGCUGUUGUUCUUGAGGGAAGAGCUCUAGAUGUGGUGAUUGGGGACACUCGAAUUGUUGCGGAGGCACUUGCUCGGAUGAAAAAAGUAGAGCUGGCCAAUGAUACAACCGAAAUGAACGAUAACCAAGAGCGACUGAAUAGAGUUUGUAGAAUGACAGAAAUUGAGGAUCUGCAAGCACCUCGUGAACCCCCUGUGGCUCCGCUUUGCAUCAAGGACCCUAGAGAUUAUUUCUAUUCACAACAAGCCAAUGCACUGAAUUCCCUGGGAGACACUGCUGUUGGAGCUAGACAUGUGAAUUGCCACAUUAACACGCAGGAAGCUUAUAGUUCUUUGAGGGAAUCCAUGUCUGAUAUCAAGUCUGUGGGACUUCAGACAUCAAUCAUUAAAGCUGAAGUUGCUUUUAAGGUUUUAGCCAGUUUGACCCAUAGUAUAUCUAGUACAAAGUAUAAUCUUGGGGGAAAUAAUCGGGAAACUGUUCUGGAUAGAUUGCCCAGCAAGACGAAGGAGGAUUUGUUAAAUGGAACUAAUGGGGUUUCUAGGUUGAGAAAAUUAGAACAUUUCCAACUUAGUGCUCAGUGGAGAUAUGAAUCUAAAGUCUUAAUAGGAAACAUUGGCAGUCAAUGAUUUUCUGGGAGACCCUAGAUAGCAGGUCUCAAAAGGUUUAUCCUCUACCUUCACUACUCAUUUAUAUCCCCUUUUUUAUUUAUAUAAAUAAAAUCUAUCUGUUUGGAUUAUUAUUACUGGGCCCUCUAUAGCUUUGUAGACCAUUUACUAAGUUCAUAUCUAUGUUAUGCUAAAAAUGGUUGACCUUUGCAGGAUUUUGUCAUAAAACACUUUUUAAAUCGUCGAUUUUGUGAGUAUACUUUACCAAAAAAUUUGGGAAACACCUUAGUAAGAUAAUUAAAAUGUCUAGCUGCUCCUCAUACACAAAUUUCAAUGAGAGUCGGUAUUCUGGCUAGUGGACCAUCAGCUGUGUGACUCUCUUUUUCCCGCAUCCUCUCUCUUCUUUCAUUCUGCCUUCAUUUUCUUGUUUCUAAUCCACCAACCAAACACAUUUAUGCCACCAAGUUUUGUCUUGGUUGCAAGGAAAGGUAGGACACCAGAAGGGGACCGAUAUGGAUAUAUACUGUUAAAUGUGCAAGGAAUUAAUAUUUGGGGGAAGGGCAUGUUAGUCACAGUCUAUUAUUAGUAACUUGGGGAAUAAUCUAGAGGUUUGUUAGGAGGAAUUUUCUACAAAUAGGCCUCAUUAGGAAGAAUAACCGAAUAAGCAUAUGUUGAAUAUUGAGUGGGUUUGUCAUUGGGAUAGAGUGAGCCUCUCAAAAACUCAUAUUAGGAGAGAAUCCACCUCUCGAAAGUGGAAUUACCAUUUGCACUGCUGUAAUUCUCAUCAUAAUACUUUAAUCAACGUUUUCUUCUUAUUUUCCACCAUUGUUAGUGCUGUAAGCCAUGUCAGUUCCUAGCAAAAUGUUAACUGUAUAUGGGUAUUUGCUUGGAGGAGAGUUAAGUCAUGUGAUUGUGAUAUACAGUGUCUUAAAAAGCGUGCCUUAGGCGCUUAGGCGCAAGGCAAUGAGGGGUAUGCGCUUAAUACGGUCUAGGCGAGGCGAUUUUGGUUAGGCGCAACCGAGGCGCACCUGAACCAAACUUCAGCCACUUUUUUUUAACUGGCCAUACAGUGCACCUCACUCCAAAGAGGCACACUAAGGCGCGCCUGAGGCGCACCUAGGCGCUGCAGAUCCCUUUUCGCUUCAAUGCGCCUUUAGCUUUUUUAUACUUUGUGAUAUACAUCUAUAUCCUGAGUAGUCAUAAGAAAUUAAGUAGGUUAUGAGCUUGGUGGGUUGCUUUAUUUUAUAACAUUUUUUAAUGGUCAGGUAAAGCAAUUAUUCUAACUUGGUUGGUUUCAAUCAAAAAAGAUAAUUUGCAUGUCAAUCUUCAUGUAUCAUUGUAAUUAUAAUCAUGGUCUUUAUGUGUUUAUGUGGCAUAUUUGGGUUCUGGAUUUUUUUUUAUUGGUGUUUAUGCUACUAU